UAAGCUUUUCGUCCUCGCCCACAAAACGCGAAAAAACAGAGAAAACUAAUUCAUGUACGAACUGGGAACGGAGCAGAUCAACUGCAACGGCAAAGUCAUUGAAUUGCCCAGCUUGGAGGUUGUGCGACCAGCUCCCAAAAUGCCCAGCGAUGCCAACAUUGAUUGGCUGCUCCACAUUUAUUUUACUCGCCGCGAGUUCACGCGCUGCCGGCGUCUCAUCAAACGUGAGCUGAAUCGCCAUUUGAAUCCCGAGUACCUGUACUUUGUCCAGGGACUAAUUGACCGUGAAGAGGGCAACAACAUCGAGGCGCUGCGGCAUCUGCAGAAAUCCGUGGAGCUAAAUCCUCGAAACAUCGAAACUUACAAGGAAAUCGGGCGAACGCUCUACAUAAUGGGACGCUUUAGCCAGGCUUUGGGAGUUUUUCGGGAGGCAGAGCAGCGGAGUGGCCGGCAGGACCACGAGAUAUAUCACUAUUUGGGGGAGCUGCUCUUUCGGGCGGCCACAACACAGGGCCAAAAGGAGCUGGCCAACCAGCAACAGGACGAGGCACGUGCCUACUUCGAACUGGCGGUGCAAUCCGGCCGGAAGCUGGAGAGCUACGUCCGGUUGGCGGAGCUGUAUCGCAAGGACAAACAAUACCAGAAGGCCAUCGAUGUCCUGGAAACCUGCCUGCAUUUGACACCCGAGAACUCGGAGGUGCUGAUUGAAAUCAGCGUGUUGUACCUGAAAAUCAACGAGACGCAAAAGGCACACGAUCGUCUGGCGGAAGUCGUCAGCAUCGAGCGAAGGUGCUCGCCCAAGGGACUUUUGGCCUUCGGCGCCAUUUUGCAGUCCCGGAACGACGUCGACGGCGCCCUAAGCAAAUACAGCCAAAUCGCAAACGCUGAGCCGGAAAUUGCCGAGCUCUGGAACAACAUUGGAUUGUGCUUCUUCAAGAAGCAAAAGUUCAUUGUGGCCAUUUCCUCGCUGCGCAAAUCCGUUUGGCUUUCGCCCCUUAAUUACAACGCACUGUACAACCUGAGUUUAAUCUACAUCGCAUCUGAACAAUACGCCAGUGCCUUUCACACACUGGCCGCCGCUAUAAACCUGCGCAAGGAUAAUGCCGAGUGCUACAUGCUUUUGGGCCUGUGUUUGCGUAAGCUGGACGACGUGGAGAACGCGUUUGUGGCCCUGGAAAGGGCCAGUAGCAUGGCAACUGGUCAACCGGGCGGCGGCCGAAAUCCGUUGGUGGUGCUGAACUUUGCCCUCUUUUGCUACGAAACGGGGCGAUUGGCUUUAGCCACCGAGCAGUACAACCGGUUCACCAGCCAGGCGCAGGAUCUGCUGCUGCCCACGGAAUACAAAUUCCAGGCGACCAAGCUGAAAUCCCUUCUGCGUAUCUCGAAUCAGGGCAAUGGCAUCCUGCUUGAUUCCACGGACUUGGAGGAAUCUGAUUUGGGACAAAAUCGAGCCAGGGAUCUGCUGCCGGAUGAACUGCCUUUGGAGGUGAAUGCUGUUGUCGCCCAAAAUUGA